AGUCGUGGAGUCGACAAAGAACAGCAACGCUCCUCAAUCUUAAAGAUAUAUAUCUUCUGGUGGUAGAUAUCGAGAGGCUUCGAGAUGCUGAUGAUGACUCAGCUCGCGGACGUCGAGACAUUUCGAGAAAGAGAACUGAAAGAUGAAGAGGAAGAAAAAAUGAAGAAUUAAAAAAAAGGGGAACAAGAAAAUUUCGAAAUCAUUGUUAGUUAUCUCUUUGUUAAGAGGCCGAUAUGGCCAGCUUGCUGGUUAUAGUUGAGCCGAUCGAUUGAGGACGAUUCAAGUUAACCUUUAUUUAUUUAUGUUUUUUUUAUCUCAGCGCGUUUUUUCAAAGUUUUAAUCAAAUUUUGGCAUUGACAGCGAUUAAAAGCCAAAAUUGUUAACGAAAAAUUAAAUUAUUGAAAUGGAGGAUCCCCCAGAGGAAAAACCACCAGAAGAAGGCUUCCCAUUAGGCUCAAAAGUACCCAUUGUAACCGCCGAAGUAAUAAUCGACAAGAAUUUAACGUUCGAUGAAGCUUCCAGGUGCUUAAACACUUUGGGAAAAGAUGAAAGUGGGGUUAGAUACGCUUAUUUGAUGCUCUCAGCUUUCGAUCAGAAAUUAACCAACAUCGAGGUAAUCUUGAAUUUUAAGCACCUCCUCUUCGUCGAUGUCUCCGGAAACUACUUAAACACAGACUCCCUCCAAGUUUUAUCCCAAAUGCCUUUCGUCAUUUACAUCAAAGCCCAAAGAAAUCGGAUCGAAUCCGCCUGUUUAAACCCAAUGCCCUAUCUGCAAGUUUUAAUUUUAUCCAGAAACCGCAUCACGGAAACCUGCGAUAUUAAUCAACCCAUGUUGCAAUGUUUAGACUUAAAUUAUAAUUUAAUUUUUACCCCCCAAUUCGAUAAGGAACGAUUAGAAUGCAUAAAACAAAUCGAAAUGCGAGGAAAUUCGAUGUUUGAUUUAAGCGGAACCUUCCCCGAUAACUUGGAAAAUCUUUAUUUGGCCGAAAACCAUAUUACGAUCUUCAUAGAAAACGACAUGGCGAAACUAACCAACUUAAAAAUCCUUCAUUUACGCGAUAACCAAAUCCGUAAAUUGAAUGGGUUCACUCGAGACAUGGUCAAUUUAACCUAUUUGAAUCUACGCAAGAAUCAGAUCAAUAAAAUUCGGCAAUUUCGUAAACUCGCCUGUUUACCAGCAUUGGAAACUUUAAUUUAUUCGGAGAACCCCGUUGCUGGGGAGCCAAAACCGCCUGGAGGUGGUGGAGAAGAUGAUGAAGGUGGCGAAGAGGUUGAGGGUGAAGGUGGAGCCGUUGAAGAUCCAACUCGCGUCCCGGUUUUGGUUCUUUUACCUAAUUUGAAACGGAUUAAUAAAUUACCCGUUGGUUUCGAAGAAAAAGAGGAAGCUUUCGAGACUAAAGAUAAAAAAUACGAGGAGAUUAUGAACGAGGAGAGCAGCGAAGAUGAAGUUGAACCCCCAACAACGACCGAUUUCACCACUGAUUAUAACACAACUACAGCCGAUUUAGAAGAUUACGACGAUGUUUAAGUUAUCUUUGUUAAUUUAUUAUUAAUUUAAUUAAAAAAUUUAAUUU